ACAGAUCUAGUUGUUAUAUUGCAGCCUUUAUCAGGACUAUAAACUGAGUCAACCUUGAGAAUAGACAGUGAAGGUUUGAUUAUAAUGCAUAGCUUAUAAAUGUGUAAUAUUUAUUGCACUGGUAUAUAUCGAUCUAUAGGCCUACCUCACUCUGUUGUUGUUUUUUCUUGCUAUUUUGGAAGGAUACGUUUAUGGUAGAAGUUUGAAUUGGGAUUCUAUAUACCUUUUUUAAUAGGCAAGCAACACAUUUAAACCCAUAUGAAGCUUCAAUAAAUGCUUAGAAAAACUUAAACUACAAAGUUGACACAAUCAACGCAAUCUAGAAAUGUAUGAAGAAGAUGACUUUGAAGUCAUCCCCGAGCCUCGAAAUGACGAGAGUUUUAUUUUUAACUCGGACCUUUCCUCGGACCCACUGGAGGAUUAUCUUUUGGAUGGGGCAAACGAAGUCGACGCUAUGCCUAGUCUAAGAGCACCGACAACAGAAAAAGCAUGUGAACAAAUUGGAUCGCCAGAGCCAUUUUCACUGUUGAAGUCCUCACUGACAGAAUCAUUGACCAGCAUGCAAAUCUUGCAGCCCUAUCAACUGGCCUAUCGGGUGAGGUAUCUGCUUAGCCAGCUUCAGAGCCUGAAUCUCGAGGCUUACUCGGACAAGAAGCAACUCCUGGACGAGUUGCUGAAACUACUCAGACUGUACAAGAACAUGUUGACAGUGAUAGAAGCUGAGUUGAUAGACUACAAGAUUGUAGAUGUAUUGCUCACUAUUUUCACAUCUGCCUGCACACAAGAAGAAAGAGAAGGCGUUUUACAAGCUUUUACCGCACUCAAAACUUCUGCAAUGGAACUAUUCGUCAGAAUUACAGAACUGAGUGAUGUCAUCUGUCAGGCCAUGUCAAGAAAAGAUAUUUUUCGAAUUUUCAAGAAAGUGCUAAAAGGCGAUGUGACAAUGACGCCAUGUCUGCCAGUAGAGGCUGACACAAAGAAACGAUGGAUACUUCACGUUCUAUUGAAUAUUGUCUCCAGAGAGUUCCGUAGGACUGAAGAGCUGGAAAAGUCAAACAUCCUAAAGACUCUUGGACUCUAUACAGCAGAAAAAGAUGAGUUUCUGCAAACUGCUGCCAUUCUCAUAAUAAUAAUCACAUCAGAAAAUAAAGUACAGGAUCAAUCUGUGGGUCAAGUUGCAGCUCUGCUGGUUUCCUGGUUGAGAGAAGCUCUGGAGAACCAGAAAGAAAGAAGAAGCAGGAACGGCUUGCACAUUUCGACACUUGUAAAUCUACUCAAGAAACUAGCAAGCUUCGAAAAGAACGUAGAUAUGAUCUUGGAUCUUAUAAAAAGAAACGAAAUUCAGGAACUGGUCAGAAAUCUUCAGGGGGACCCCACGUUAACAGACAGUUUUAGUCAACUGCUUCCACUGCUUGGAUUACAUUUCUCACCUCUCUCAAUUGAACAGGGAAAAGGAGAGCUACAUCAGGUUGAAAGGAAACCACAAGAUGUUGAUCUAUUGAUAGUGGGGAAAACAGGAACUGGCAAAAGUGCAACCGGAAAUUCUAUACUGGGACGAAAUGUUUUUAAAAGUACAUCCAGUACUACUUCCGUGACUCGAGAUGUUGCUUACGACGUGGCAGGAUUCGACGGAAGGGUCAUAAAGGUGGUGGACGGUCCUGGAGUCGGGGAUACCCUUAGCAUCAAGGAUAUUGACAAGGCCACGCAGAUGAUUGUCGAAUGCAUGAAGGACGCUGUCAUCCUUAACCCGAAGGGCUAUCACGCUUUCCUUCUGACAAUAAGAUACGGGUCAAGGCUCACGGCGGAGGAUAAAGAAGCCAUUAGAAUGUUAAAGAAAAUAUUUGGCAACGACUUUGUCAAGAAAUAUUGCAUCCUACUUAUCACUUGUGGAGAUUACUUCAAGGGAGACCAGAGCGAGACUGCAGUCACAUUCCAAGAAUGGUGCAACCAGCAAGGUGGAGUGUUUAGGGAUCUGUACCAGGAAUGCGACAAGCGGGCCAUUUUAUUUGACAAUAUGACCAAAGACAGCUCAGUCAGAGAAGAGCAGCUGAAAGCUCUACUGGCAAUGGUAGAUUCGAUGCAAAAUGAGAGCAAAAGGUACACGAACCAUCAUUUCCAAAAGGCUGAAGACAAUCGUAAAGAGCUAAUGGCCCAAGUAAGAGAGCCGAUGGUGCAGGAAGAAGCGAUGAAAGAGAUCAGCCUUAUACUGCAAGAGUUUUCUUCCUGUCAUCAGUUCAACCUCAAAGAUAAAAAGAAACUCGAAGAUCUGUUCUGUAGGGCGACUCAGACCCACCUUCGGGUCAUCGAAGCAGACAACGGCACUGGCGUUUUAAGCAAAACCCUUGAAACCACCUCUGCAGUCCGCAAGACCAUAUCCGACAGGCUGGAAACCUUGAGAAAAUUUGCUAAAGAGAAGCUUGACUCUUCCAAAAAGGAGACAGAGCUCAGACAGAAAUAUCAGGAGACGGAAGAUAUCUUGAAGGAGGAGAUGAAAUCUUUAAGUGAAGAUCUCCAAAGCUUACAACACCAUGAAGCCAGCCACCCUACUAAUGUACAAGAUAUGUGGGUAUGGGCAGAGAGGAUGGAAGAGAGACAACAGGAACUGAGGGCGGAACUGGAACGAGAAAGACUUCAACAACAGGAGGCAUUUGAAUUGGAAAAAUCGAAACUUGAAGCUAUGCUCAACAACCUAAGUAUCGAAUCACAAGAAAAACAAGCCCAGGUCCAGCAGCUGUCUUUAGAGGUCGAACACUUAAAACGCAGCGAAAAAGAAAAGGCUGAAAAACUGGAGAAGCUCAAAGAACAAGAAGGAAACCUACAUAAAAUAAAGAAGAAUAUGGAAGAAAAUCGAAUUCACUAUGAGCGGGAUCUCCAGAGAGUAAAACGAGAAAACGAAACCAGAAUUAAGUCUGAAAUGGAAUCGAUGCAAGAACGAUACAAGAGGGAUGCCGAGAUCGCGAAUUCAAAAUACGAGACGAUUAAACGCGAUUAUGAGGAAUUAGUGAAGACAAAUGCUAAAAAGAAAAAAUUUUGUUUCAUAUUCUAAACAUAAGGCAGUGUUUUUGUUUUGUUUAAUUCAAAUACAAGGAUCCCAGAGAAUUAUGUUUGUUACUUUGCUGUUUGAAGCCUUUACGGGAAUAUUCUGCGUUCAUACAAGUUGCAAAUAUUAUUUUAUAUUAGUGUAUAAUGUAACAAGUGACUAUUAUUGUUUAACUCUUUCUCUUCUAGUCGACGAUACCAUCGUUGAUUUUAACCUAAAUUAAUGUUUAAUUUUUUAAACUUGACUUUGAAUUAUAUAAAAAGAGCAUGCAUUCCCCUUUAGUUCUAUACCAGAUACAACAUUUUCUGAUAACAAACAACAAAGCUAUUGAAGCCCAAUCAUAACAGGGGUAGUGAAAUAGUAAUGAGCAAAUGAAGAAUUCCUUCAAAACGUGGAAAAAUAAUUACGGAGAGAAAGAGUUAAAGUUGUGUGAAUAAUAAAUGACGUAGAAAUGAUAACAAAUGUCGAUUUUUUUUUUUAAAUGUAGCUUGUAAAUUAACUGGAUUUUGGUUACCUUCUUGAAAUGUUUCUGAGACAGACAGACGAACGUUCAGGUCAUACGUAGACCCAAACUUUCUUGUCUUCAGUGCCAGUUUUUGUAAGCGUCCUGAAGCCUCCACAUUUCAAACAUAUUUUU